AUUAUAUAAAGAAGAAGUAGAAGAAAUGCUGUCGGAUGAGAGUAUACAAGAAGAUUUGGGAGUGAUAAUUUCUGCUUCUUCAUUAAAGCUCAACAAGUCAUUCACCGAAAAGUUGGAGGAUUUGGCAGUAUCUCAAAGUAAUAGCACAAAUACAAAGUGGAAGAAACUAUGGGAAUUCUUUAAAAUUCAAGUAUUGGGAUAUCCUAAUGAAUUUGAGAGAUUUGUAUUAGAAUCAGAGCCUAAUGACUGUUCAUUAAUUGCCAAAUAUUCACAAGUUCAAACCAUUAAUUUAUCUAAUCAACUGACUUCUUCAGUAGAUUCAAUAACUUUAAAUACUUUACAUAUUCCUCAUCCAUUAGAGAGUUUCUUAAGAAAUGAAGCCAAUAAUAUUCCAGAAGAUGAUUUAGAUUUACUGAAAGAGCUUCAAGAAUCUCCUAUAAUUAUUUUCAUUCAUGGUCUAGGUGGUCAGAUGUCUCAAUUUGAACCAUUAAUGGCUUUAUUGGCUCAAUGUCUGGAAGUUUAUUCUUUAGAUUUACCAGGUUUCGGUAAUUCCAAACUUGAAUUUUUAAAUGAUAGAAAGAUUAUAUCGGAAUUCACUCCAGAAGAAAAAUUAAGGAUAUCUUCUAGUAUUAAAAAAUUAACUUGGAAUGAUUUUAAAACUGAGAACAUUGUAAAUAUAAUUUAUGAAUUUAUCAUUCAAAAUAUUCCAAAGGGGAAGAAAGUAGUAUUAGUUGGUCAUUCAAUGGGUACUCAUCUAAGUGUUUUAGUGGGUAAGAAAUUGCCUAAGUAUACAGUUGAAGGAUUAAUAUUAUUAUCUCCUCCACCAUUUCAAGAUGAUAUCACUGAAAAUGCACCUGAAACUCCUAAACCUUCAACUAUAUCGAUGUUACAAGUAUUUACAUAUUUACCUUGGUUAUUUAAUUCAUUCAGAGUUUGGGAUAGACUUGAAGGAUUGGAAAGCACUAGUGUUGUCCGUCAAUUAGUUAGAUUUGAAUCUAUUAAAACUAGUAUUUAUAAUAAAUUAAGACAGUUAAGAUGGAAUAUGGAUGUUAAUUCAUAUAUAGUCUUAAGAUAUAUCAAUGGAUUUCUGAAAGCCAAGUAUUCUGAUAUCAUUACAACUAUAAGUCAAUUUAAUGAUAAUGCAAAGGAUACCAGAGUUUACGAGAAAACAUUAUUAGUGGGAGGGAUUAAUGAUCAAGUAACUUCAAUUAAAGUAAUUGAUAACACUGAUACAUUUUUGACAAAAUUCUUUAAAAGAAGAAUUUCAAAAACAAUUGAAGUUAAUGGGACUGGGCAUUCAAUUCUUUUAGGAAAACCUGAAUUUAUUAGUGGAAUGAUAUUAAAUCAUAUUGAGCAAAAGUUUCCUGAAAGACUUCAUUUAUCACCAGCUUGGGUUUUAAAAGUUAAGGCUAAGAUAUCAGGUGAUAAAUGGGGAUUAAAGAAUGAACGUAAAUGGAAAGAAAUAAAAGGGAUUUCUAGUAAUAUUACCAGGAAAUCUGGUUCAGAUAUUUCUCCAUUACUUGGAAUGAAGACAUUACGUGAAGAUGAUGAAGUUCAUUCACCAAAAAUUAUUGAAGAUCUCUUCUAUGGUAAGAAUAAAGAUUCACGAUCUGAAGAUUUUCCUAAAGGGAAUUUAAUUGCCAUUGUUGAUAUUUCUCAUGAUAUCCCUCCAUAUAGUCCUAAAUCGUUUGAAAUUAUUAAGUAUUAUAAAUGUGCUACAGUUUCUAAAGUAGUUCCUGAUCAGGUUUCCAUAAGAAGGUUUAUUCAAUUAAUAGAUGAUAUACUCAAUAAUAACGAAAUAGACAAUCCUCUAGUGGCUGUGCAUUGUCAUUAUGGGUUUAAUAGAACAGGAUUUUUAAUUUGCUGUUACUUAGUUGAAAGAUUAGGAUGGUCAGUGGCCGACGCAGUCGAAGGAUUUAAACUGGCCAAAGCUCCAGGAAUUAAGCAUCCUCAUUUCAUUGAUGCAUUGUAUGUAAGAUAUGAACGUUAGCCGGUCAGUAUUUGCAGGUUCAAAUAUGUUAUUUAUUUUUAUUUUAUGUAUCUAUAUUUAUUGUUGUGUAUAAUAUAUAAACAAGCUUUAAGUGGAGAAGCGGCUGGGGUUUUGCAGCCUCCGGAGUUGCCUAUUCGAGAAGCGAAAAAAAAACAAUUUACCCUAAUUUGCGCUAUCUGUCAAUUAUACAUACAAUAAUUGACUAAUGACAGCAACUGUAAUGAUAAAUUAUAUACUGGGAAAGAAGGUAGAUCAACUACUGAAUAGUGUAGACUUGGUAGGUAUAUGGAUCAAUUUCUUAGUAGAUUUUUAGUAAUGAAC